GCGAUCGCACUGAGCCGCGGUGAAAUAAUUAGAGGCGCAGUCACACUUCAAAGCAACCGAGGCACCAUGGGCUACGACCUGAAGAUCUGCUGCAUGGGCGCGGGCUACGUCGGCGGGCCGACGAUGGCGGUCAUCGCGAAGAAGUGCCCGAACGUGCUCGUGACCGUCGUCGACCUGAGCCAGAAGCAGAUCGACGCGUGGAACUCGAGCGCGCUCCCCAUCUACGAGCCGGGCCUCGAGGAGGUCGUGGCCGUGGGCCUGAAGCGGGGCAACCUCGUCUUCUCCACGGACAUCGAGGGCACGAUCGCCGCGGCGGACAUCGUCUUCAUCUCCGUGAACACGCCGACCAAGACCGCGGGCAUCGGCGCGGGCCGCGCGGCGAACGUGAAGAACUGCGAGCUCUGCGCGCGCACCAUCGCCAAGGUCUCGACGUCGGACAAGAUCGUCGUCGAGAAGUCCACGGUGCCCGUGCGCACGUCCGACGCGGUCCGCGCGGUGCUCGAGCACGGCGCCAAGCCCGGCGUCAAGUUCCAGGUCCUGUCGAACCCCGAGUUCCUCGCCGAGGGCACGGCCGUGCCCGACCUCGAGGAGCCGAGCCGCGUCCUCCUCGGCGGCAUGCAGACGCCCGAGGGCCUCGCGGCCGUCAAGGUCGUCGCGGACGUCUACGCGCAGUGGGUGCCGCGCGAGAAGAUCCUCACGACGAACCUCUGGUCGUCGGAGCUCUCGAAGCUCGUGGCCAACGCCAUGCUCGCCCAGCGCGUCUCCUCCGUGAACUCCAUCUCCGCGCUCUGCGAGGCGACGGGCGCGAACAUCGGCGAGAUCUCGCGCGCGUGCGGCACGGACCCGCGCAUCGGCCCCAAGUUCCUCCAGGCCUCCGUGGGCUUCGGGGGCUCCUGCUUCCAGAAGGACAUCCUGAAUUUGGUGUAUUUGUGCGAGACCUACGGCCUCCGCGAGUGCGCGGAGUACUGGAACUGGGUCGUGAAGAUGAACGAGUACCAGAAGAGCCGCUUCAGCCUCAACAUCGUCAAGUCCAUGUUCAACACGGUCACGGGCAAGAAGAUCGCCCUCUUCGGCUUCGCCUUCAAGAAGGACACGGGCGACACGCGCGAGACCGCCGCGGCGUUCGUCGCGCGGGACCUCGUCGACGAGCAGGCGCGCGUCCACGUCUACGACCCCCAGGUGAGCCGCGAGACCAUGAUGACCGAGUUCAAGUACACGCUGAACCUCACGGAGGCGACGAAGCCCGGCUUCUCCGACCUCAUCGUCACGUCGCCGGACCCCUACGCCGCGGCCGAGGGCGCGCACGCGAUCGCCGUCGUCACGGAAUGGGACGAGUUCAAGACGCUCGACUACCAGAAGAUCUACGACUCCAUGGCCAAGCCCGCCUUCCUCUUCGACGGCCGGAACAUCAUCGACGCCGACAAGUGCCGCGCCAUCGGCUUCCAGGUCUACUCCAUCGGCAAGCCCGUCGGCAUGAACUAGGCGCGCGACCGAAAGCCCGGCGGCCGCCCGGGGCGCAGCACGGCCGCCACCCGCCCCCGCAUCCCCCUAAACGACGCUCAAACG